AUGGGUUGUUUUUAACCAAAAAGUAUAAAUAAAAUUGUCGCUAUGCAAACAACAAACAGAGAUUACAUCUUUACGUCAACUGCUGACAUUCAUAAAAUAUUUUCUUUCGGGAAAGUACUAGGAAUAGGAGCCUUCGGUAAAGUUCUCACUGCACGAAGGCGAAAUAAUAACGAAAAACAGUACGCUAUAAAAAUGAUCGACAAGAAAAAAGUUAAAGGAAUGGAAACCAUGUUAGCCAAUGAAAUUUAUAUAUUACAAAGGUUAGAUCACCCUAAUAUUAUCAAAUUCCAUGAAGUAUAUCAAAGUGAACUCUACCUCUAUAUCUGUAUGGAGAAAUGUGCUGGAGCAGAAAUUAUGGAGAGCAAACCCAAAAAUUAAAAAUCAUACACUGAAGGUUAAGCAAGAGAUAUCAUGGUUAAAGUAAUUAUUAGUACUAUUUGUAGAUUAUUUCAGCAGUUGCUUACAUUCAUGAAUAAGGAAUUAUACAUAGAGAUAUUAAACCAGAAAAUAUUAUGUUUACAGAGAGAGACAUCAGAUCAGAGCCUAAACUUAUUGAUUUUGGGCUAUCAGUGAAAUACGAUUCUUUCAGUUACAAGUAAGGAAAUAUCUAUAAUAAUAUAGUAAACUUAAAGCUGGGGUAGGCACACCUGUUUAUUUAGCACCAGAAGUAAUUGAAGGAACUUAUAAUGAAAAAUGUGAUAUUUGGAGUCUUGGAGUUUUAUUGUUUANAUUAAAUAAUUAUAGUUUUAUAAGAUAAGGUUAUAUAUACUUAAAAUUAAAUUUAUAAUGUUCUUUCAAUAAAUAUCAAAAAUUUCAAAUUAUUAUUCUUUAUUUAUUUUGA